AGUGAGUCAUGACUUUUCAGAAGUAACCCCCGAAGUCUUUAGGAAGAAGUCGAGUGGAGAAAGCUUUUAAAUUUCCUUUGUACGGCACAGUACAUGAACGCUGCAAUCGUGUGAUAUUCUAGGCCCUAUAUGUACAAACGAUUCGUCAGGCCUAGCGGUGUACUUUUCAUAUCUACUGAACUGGGAACUUCGUCAAUAGUCAAUGGAAACCUGAAAACGCCAAGCAUUUGUAAGCCGCUACUCCUAUUCCACGUGGAAAGGGAUAUCACAAAACAUUUUCGACAUACCAGCGGUUACCAGAGGCUGUAGCUGUUUGUGCAUGUGGUGUUCAUAGCCUGCAGACCGGCAGGCCACAUGUGAAGUGAGAGAGAGAGAAAGUUAGCUAUACCAGCAGCCCGACGAACACAGCUGCAGGCAGGCGAGAAUGCUUUGAGCUACUUAACCUGCCGCUUCAACUUUAAACUGCUCUUAUAUCUUGGACACGAGCUAAGCUGAGAGAACAGGGGCGAGGCUGUGUACAGGCCCAAGUGCUGACAUAGACUGACAUCAGUCAGGGACAGACGGACAUCGUCCGGCAGAAACUGACCAGACUUACACACCAUAACACCCCAGCUAUUUCUGCUCCUCCACCGCAAUCUUCUGAGCUUGCCAGUUUUUCAUUGAGGACGUGCCUGUGGGGUUGUCUCGUUAAAAAAAAAACUGGGAUAGUUCAGUUGAACUCCGGGAAAGGCAGUCAUUCAGGAAAACUCUCUCUGCCUUACCACAUCGCUGAACUGUUGAGAAAAAUUACGACCUUGUGUAAGGAAGGAUUUUUAAGGAGUGGAGCGUUAAUUAUAGUGCAACUUAUAAUUUCUCACGGAUAAGACCUACAUCUGUGUAUUUCUUAAUACAAAACGCAGCGGAAAUCAGGUUUUCAGCUUUACAAAAUCCAAGUUUGUGCGGUUAAUUUUCUUUUUUACAGAAGUUCGUCUUUUCAUGUUAUGGGCACACAAACCUCUCCAAGACUGACGGACAAAUACAUGAUGGCCCAGGACAGUUACACGGCUGGUAUCGAACUCUCAAAUGCCUGUAGAGAGUUUUAUCGGUGUAGGUUACAGAAUGCCGAGAGCAUUAAGAAACGUCUAGGAGUGGACGGGAACCAAGAAAGGUAUCAGAAGACAGACAACAGUAGGGCCAAGAGAUCCUCGCUUGAUUGUGCCAUGGACAGGCUUAGGAAAGAAAUGUCUUUGCUGAUGGACCAGGACUUGUCGUUGAUGAAGCAGUUACUGACGUUGAACGAAUCAAUAGAAGAGCUCAAGUGGCAGCGCCGCUACGUGACGGCCGAUUGCAGUUCUCUCCCUUUAAGUUCCUGCGAACUGGAAGAUUACUCCGAUACUGACAUGUUCGACUCCGAGCUGGAUAUUCCGGAAAAGUGUUGUGAGGACUUUCCAGAUCGGUCAGUGCUUUUGUCGGACUCGGUGACAAACGUUGACGACAUCAUAGACGAGCUCGCGCGUCUCUCCACCGCUUCGUCGACGCUGAAAAAAUCCGUGGAUAAUAGUGGCCCUAAGGCUAAUAGCGGAAAGCCAAUCUCCAUAACAGACGCAGUGGUCUCUGGGAAAGCCGUGACUGUGUGUCACGGAGAGCAGAACUCUUUCGACUCGGGAAUCCAUUCGGACGAAGAACGGCCAAUUCUGGUGUAACAUGUGACAUUGUGUUCAUCCUUCAUUUUCAUCGCAUCCAAGUGCUAUAAAGACGAACAUUUGCAAACUGUUUCAGACGCCGUCCCAUGUUCAUGUGCAGGCUUUUGAGAAGUAUAUAUAUUAUGGUAUAUGUAUAAUAUAUGUAUAUAUGUCUGAACCCAGUACUGACCUACAUCGAACUGUGGCAUAUCUGACACAAAAGAGUAACUUAUAAAAGUGCCUUCAAAAAUCACACCAGUUCUGUUUCUCACAGAGGACGGAGAUCACAAAGCGACCAAUUUCUGUAACGGAAAGGGAAACGAUCAUUAUUAUUAGUAUUAUUACAGUAGGAAGACACAGCUGACGCGUGCUCACCGCUUUAUGCUUGACAAUGUUGACAAUUUUAAUGGUGACAACAAGAACUGAUAGCGUAUUUUGGCAGUAUUUUUUUGACAAUGUUGGCAGGCACAACAUGUAUUGAUAGUGUACUUUGACGGCAUUUGUCGACAAUGAUGACAGAUACAACCUAUGUUGAUAGUGUACUUUGACGGUAUUUGUCGACAAUGAUGACAGAUACAACCUAUGUUGAUAGUGUACUUUGACGGUAUUUGUCGACAAUGAUGACAGAUACAACAUAUAUUGAUAGUGUACUUUGACGGUAUUUGUCGACAAUGAUGACAGAUACAACAUAUAUUGAUAAUGUAUUUUGACAGUGCCUGUCGGUAAUAAUGGCAGAAACAACAUAGAGUACUGAAAGUGUAGUUUCACAGAUUGUGCUUAAAACGUUCGCAACAACAACAUGUACAAAAGGUGUAUUUUGACAGUCACGGCAUGUGUCUUUUGACGAAUGUGGAUUCUUUUACACAAGCUUGUUCCACUUGAAUUGACGAAGAAGCAAAUUGUACGCCGCAAGCCCCGUAGCUUUCAGUUUAAUCAUAAACCAAAGAGAAGCGACUUUUACUGACUUGUAACUUGAGAUAGACAAGACAGUCAUAGAAGUCAGGUUAUUUCAAGUUUGUAUAACGUAAACGUUAGCAUCAGUUAUAACUUUGACUGGUACGUUGUCCAAAGUUGUACAUAUCAAUCAUUCAGAUGAUCUGAAGACCAUUCUACAUCAGGUUUAGUUAGUUCUAAUAAGUUGUUUGACUUAUGCAGUUACUAGUUAACUGCGUUUAAUGUGAGACUUUUAAAGGGCUUGGCAGGAAAUCGAGAACUAACGUGGAGAGAAACAAAAUUCAAUCGUGGCGACUUCAUUCCGAAAUGUGACCAUGUAUUAUUUAAAUGUAUGUAUGAUGUUGUACUGAAUUUCGACACGUUCAAAGUUGGCGAUAUGCUGAACAUAAUUUAUUAAAGUUGAAAUUUUAUUAUAGCCUAUUUUCAUGCGUUUAUUGAGUUGUGCAACUGGUGUGUAUAUAUUGAGU